GCAAAUCCCACCACAGGAUUCAGCUUCAAACUGAUGGAGUUUGUGGAGAAGGUCUUUCUUCAUUGUCAAGUGUCCCUGCUAAACAUCACAGAAGUGAUCACAGUGACAUGACUUUUUUUAAUUGAUUGAUUCUGGUUGAAUGAACUGCAGUAAGUUCCAUGCUGGAGAGGUUCUUUCAGCUUUAAGAUCAAAAGGCAAAAACAAACUCUUUGACGAGAAAGGUGUCUUUGGGCGAGUAUGCAGACAUGACUUUCCCAAAGGAUUCCAUAACAUAAAGCAUGGUGAAAGAAUAUCAUACUCUGUUUAUGAGCUUAAGAGGCUUAGAAGUCUUAAUGAGAGCACCAGAAACAGAGUAAUCAUCAUGUAUGACAUUGCUUGUCUAUUAGCACACCAUUUGAAGGAAAGCCUCUUGGAAGGUGUUGAUGUUGCCAUACCCAUAUUCCAUUGCUAUGGGCACAAGGCAUCAUGCCAGAUCCAGUACAGUCCAAGAAGGAUCAAGGGAACUGGAUUGACAGAUGGUGAAGGGGUGGAAAGGUUAUGGUCCUUUCUGCGAAGGUUUUCCUCUGUCACUAAAGAAAUGAGUGCUCACAAAAGGACAGAUGUUUUGACUGAUGGGCUUCUUCACUAUGCCCAACAUUUGUAUCACAAAUUUGGUUUUACUCUAAAAGCAAAGUUUGCAAGGGCAGAAAUUCUUCUACAGGAUGUCAGUGCAAAGCUUAAGGAACUCACUGAAAAACUUCCAGAUUGUGAUGAUGAUGUGAUACAAGAGUGGCAAAAGGAAGAAGUUGAAGCACUGAAACCAAAAGAACACGGAUUAAUACUGCAGUGGGACGAAUCAUAUGUCAGCUUGCUCCUCAUGUCUAAAAAACUCAGAAAUGAAUUGAGCUGUGUACAAGAUGAAGAUCAAGGGAAAGUAAAAGAUGUUGAAAAGAAAAUCAAACGGAACGAGAAGGCCAUAGUAGCCAUGGAAAAGAAGCAUCACAUCAGAGAAAGAUGGUCCGAUCUGUCUCGUGUGUUUGUAACCGUUAAGUCACGUCUCUACGAGAAGAGAAAGAGCGAACUCUUGUUGAGUUUACAUUGCAUGGCAUCCGAAAGAUGUUUCUUGGUGGAAUUGAAGCGAAAAUAUGCUG